CUGCGAAUCUGCAUCCCUAGCGCUUGUCACUUUCUUUCCUUCCCCGACCCCUUCUUACCCCUAGCCGCCUCUAUAACAUCAAUAUUCAAUGUUCAGCAUCUUGCCUUGUCGAUCCUUUGAUCAGCACAUCAUGCAGCGCAACACGCCGCACCACCACGCAGCGCUUCGCUUCAUGGUUUUUGGCCUCUUAGUUGUUGAAAAUCCACCUGUUCACCAUACCUGCUCUAAUCUAUGUCACUGAUCGAGUCCCUUCUGCAAUGCUUGAUAUCCACAUUAUAUUCUGUCUGGUGAUGUACUUCUUGCCCAUCGUGGGGUUUCGUCGGGUUCUCUUCCAGGAGAACAGGAUAGAAUAUCCUUAUGGAAAGAUCGUCAAUUUCGUUGAAGAGGAACUCGCUCCCGGAAAUCCCGACAAGUUUCCAGUGUACCCUUAUAAUCCGGGCUUCAUGAUGGUAGUUGCGUGUUACAGUAUAUGAACUGUGCUCUUGAAGGUUGAACUGUAGACAUCAAUUAUAGUCUAUUUUAGCUUAGAGAUAGAGUGAGUUGCAAAGCAAUGAGCUGGUAGUCUAAUAGCAGUUUGUAGGGAGGAUAAAAUAAGAGCCUCAUGCAGCAGGGUGUCUUGAAGCGGUGAUAGUUACUCUCACCACCACCAUCAUACAUCUACUAUCGCCCAAGGGGGUAAACUCGG